AGUCGCAUGAAGACUACUGCGCAAUGGACAAGGAAGUAUGGACCGUUGUGUUUCUAGGUUUCAUGAAAGCUCUUCAGUUUUUUACCGUAUCCUAUUUCUACUUUGAGCAAAAAAGAUCACAAGACGACGACUACCUAUACGAAGUCACCAACAUCGACAUGAAGACACAGCAGGUCGGCGUUGACUUCUGGGCGAUGGCGAAGUCGAUGUUCACGUACGGGGCCCUAACGGCGCUGUGCUGGAUCAUGCUGCGGCUGUUUAGCGCUGUGUUCACGCUGCCGAGACGGAUGCGGCAGCAGCAGCAAACUAUACAGCAAUCAUUGCAAGAGCUCCAGAGACGUUUCCCGGACCUCAAUAUAACAGAAGAGGACCUCGUAAACGCAGAAAAAGAGCUCGAUGACUUGAUAAAAGAGCACGACGAAAAAACAGAACAAGAUAAGAAGGAAGCAGAAGAGAAUAAAGCUAUAGAAGACAAUAAGCCAGCCGAAGAAACUCAGACUAAUAAAACCGAAGAUAAAAAGACCAUUUAAUAUUGAAAUAACUUAUUAAUUAAUAUAGCACAUAUUUUUCUAUUAUCAUUAGGCACAUUAUAAAAUUUUCAUAGAC